AUGGCUGCUUGGAAGCAGCUGCUGGUGCAGCAGUACAGGGCUUGGGCCUGCCAUGUGGACCCUGGAGAGACUGACUUAGAAACAGCCCUGCGGGAGACUCGGGAGGAAACAGGCCUAGAUGCAAGCCAACUGACCAUCGUUGAGGGGUUCAGAAGGGAGCUCAACUAUGUGGCCUGGAAGAAGCCUAAAACGGUCAUUUACUGGCUGGCCGAGGUGAAAGACCACGACGUGGAGAUCUGCCUCUCCCAGGAGCAUCAGGCCUACCGCUGGCUGGGACUGGAGGAGGCCUGCCAGUUGGCUCAGUUCUCGGAGAUGAAGGCAACACUCCAAGAAGGACACCAGUUUCUCUGCUCCAUGCCGGCCUGAGCUGACCAGAGCAAAUGCUUCUGCUGCGUCCUGGAGGCUCUUCUGAGAUGAACCCACCCUCCCUUCCAGGGAAGGAUGUGAUGGUCUUGGGCUUGCUUCAGCCAAGAGCAGAUAGGUUGGUGAAAUUAAAAUUAGCUCGGCAGUCUCAGGUGAAAUCGAGGAGGCCCUGGAUUCAGUCCCUAGCAAUGAAGAUAAUUACUUUAAAAAUAAGAGCAAGUAGGAAUUUUAGCUGAGUUAAAAAGCAAAGGGGGUGAAAAUUUUAAAUGCCAGCCCCAGUAAGUGUACUUUAUAAAUAAACUUCAAACAGCUCAUAUGGCCUUUUAA